AUGGAGCCCAGACAUGCACUGACUUCCUUCUCUCGUCUCUCCAGUCGCCAGUUAGGCGACCCUGGACAAUUCGACCGCGGCGAUGUUAGCUUCAUUAUUGUUGCUGGUGCCAUGGUCUCCUUCAUGGUCCCAGGACUGGCUUUUCUGUACUCUGGGCUCUCUCGUCGAAAGAGUGCACUGUCUUUGAUAUGGGCCGUUGCAGCCAGUAACGCAGUCGUCAUCUUUCAGUGGUAUUUCUGGGGUUACUCUCUCGCCUUUUCUUCUUCAGCCACCAAUGGUUUCAUCGGUAACCUCAAGAGUUUCGGCCUAAAGGACGUCGAAGCAGACCCGUCACCUGCCACCCCGCUCAUUCCAGAAAUACUCUAUAGCUUCUUCCAGAUGGAGUUUGCAUGUGUAACCGCAGGUAUCUUGAUGGGAGGUCUCGCGGAGCGCGGUCGCGUUCUCCCUGCCAUGGUCUUCAUUUUCUGCUGGAUGACUGUUGUAUAUUGCCCUCUUGCAUGCUGGAUUUGGGCCACCCAUGGUUGGGCAUUUAAAUGGGGCGUCCUUGAUUUUGCUGGUGGCGGCCCGGUUGAGAUUGGCAGUGGCGUAGCUGGCUUGGCUUAUUCCUGGGUUAUUGGUCGGAGAAAUGAGCGUGAGUUGCUCAACUUCCGUCCUCAUAAUGUCUCUUUGGUCGGUCUGGGCACAUUCAUGCUGUGGUUCGGGUGGAUCGGCUUUAACGGCGGAAGCGCGUUCGGCGCGAACCUCCGCGCUAUCUUUGCAGUUUGGAAUACCAUGUUGGCGGCUUCGUUUGCAGGAAUGGUUUGGUGUCUUCUUGAUUUCCGCAUCGAGCGCCGAUGGAGUAUGGUCGGUUUCUGCUCUGGAACUAUCGCCGGCCUUGUUGCAGCCACACCAUCGUCUGGGUUCUUGAGACCAUGGUCUUCGGUCAUUGUGGGUAUCCUGUCAGGAACAUUGUGUAACUUUGCCACCAAAGUUAAAUUUCUCCUGAGAAUCGACGAUGCUCUCGAUCUGUUUGCUGAGCACGCGGUCGGUGGUAUCGUCGGUCUAUUGCUGAACGCGUUUUUCGCGUCCAGCAGCAUCACGGGAGCUGACAACGUCAGCAGCAUUCCCGGAGGAUGGGUAGAGCAUCAUUGGAAACAGUUAUACAUCCAAUUCGCCUAUGUUGUCGCAACAUGCGCAUAUACCUUUGUCGUCACCGCACUUGUCGCAAAAGCAGUCGAUAGUAUCCCUGGUUUGAAGUUACGCAGCACUCCCGAAGGAGAGAUGCUUGGUAUGGAUGAAACUGAGAUUGGGGAGUUUGCUACAGAUUACAUUGAAUUACGCCGCGAUGUUGCCGAUUGCUCUACUUUCGGGUUUUCGCGAGGCCAUGCCUACAAAUCUGGGGACGCACAAAAUGAGAGGCACGCACAAAAUGUUGUUCCAGAUAGGAACACCAACGAUACACGAAGUGAAAGCCAAGAUCUGGAGACCAUUGCAGAAAAACCUGAAAAUGGAAACGGCACAACAACUCCAUCAUGA